GCAACCCUUCCGCCCUUAGCCAAACAGGCAGAGGCAGAGAGGCAGUCAAAAUUUCCCAAUGGUUUUCCAUGUUUCAUAAACCUGGGUGCACCAUGCAUGUCACAUUGCCUACCCCCCAUCUAAAUCAUCACCAUCGUCAUCAUUCAUCAUUUUAUUAUCUUGAUUAGCAUGAAUGAUAAGAACAUUAGAGAGAGUAACGAGAUUAAUAACACACUCACCUUCAUCUCGUUGUUCUUUAAGGCCUCAACCCAAGUAAAGUGGGUGGAAGCAGAAUGAAAGUUGAAAUAGAAGAAGCCAUGAAGCAACAUCUUCUUCCUGAAUCAUCUCAGGAAAACAACUUCCCUUCUCUUAUCAAACGCUUGUAUGUUGGGCACUUUCUGGCUAGAUGGGGAGCAAGAAUGUGGGAAUUCUCUGUUGCUUUAUAUAUGAUCAACCUUUGGCCAGAUUCCCUGCUUUUUGCUGCUAUUUAUGGUGUUGUGGAAUCUGCAUCUACUGCAAUAUUUGGUCCUAUUGUUGGUCAGUGGGUGGAUAGGUUAACAUAUGUUCAGGUUCUCAGACUCUGGUUGUUGACCCAAAAUCUUUCCUUUAUUGUUGCUGGAGGCACAGUCAUAGCAUUAUUAUUCUACUCAAAUUUGAAGUUACUUGUCGCGUUAACUAAUAUUUCUGGAGCAGUUGGUGUGCUUUCAACUCUUGCUGGCACCAUUUUGGUAGAAAGAGAAUGGGUGGUGGUGAUUUCAAAUGGAAAAUCUCCAGAAGUACAGACAAAUAUGAAUUCAGUCAUCCGAAGGAUCGAUCUGACUUGCAAGCUACUUGCCCCUGUGUUUAGUGGCUUAAUUAUUAGCUUCGUAUCACUGAAAGCAUCUGCUAUGACUUUAGCACUGUGGAAUGCUAUAGCUGUGUGGUUGCAGUAUUGGCUUCUAAUGUCUGUUUAUAAUGGAAUUCCAGCUUUAGGUGAAAGCAAUCAAAAAAGGAUGGCGAGACUUUCCCUAAGUGAUUCAUUGCAGAGUUCAUAUAUUUCUGAGGACACACAGAGUUUGCUUUCUUAUGCCGAAAGUGAUUUAGAAAUGAGAGAGCAGAAUUGGAAAAGUAAAAUAAUUCAACAGCUUUCAAAGAUCCCAUACAUAGAUGCAUGGAGUGUGUACUUACAGCAGGAAGUGGUGCUUCCCGGAGUCUCACUAGCUUUGUUGUAUUUUACUGUCUUAAGCUUCGGAACAUUAAUGACAGCUGCUUUGGAAUGGAAGGGGAUACCUGCUUAUGUUAUUGGUAUAGCACGUGGAGUGAGUGCUAUAGUUGGAAUAUCUGCAACAGUUUUGUACCCGGUUGUACAAUCACAUAUUUCAACUCUUCGAACUGGAGUAUGGUCAAUCUGGAGUCAGUGGAUCUUUCUAUUUCUAUGUGUUGCUUCAAUAUGGGUACAGAACAGCUACAUCUCGGCAUGGAUGUUGAUGGGAGGAGUUGCAGCAUCUCGUCUUGGAUUGUGGAUGUUUGAUUUAUCUGUUAUACAGCAAAUGCAGGAUCAUGUUCCUGAAUCUGAUCGUUGUAUUGUGGGAGGUGUCCAGAACUCACUUCAGUCUAUGUUGGAUUUGUUGACUUAUGUCAUGGGAAUAAUCAUCUCCAACCCACAGGAUUUUGGGGACUUGAUAAUCUUGUCAUUCUCAUUAGUAACACUAGCUGCAGUACUCUAUACUUUGCAUAUCUAUCGGGUUCGCAAGCACCUCUUUCACUUCGACAAGCUAUUUGACAAGCUAUUUUGAAGGAUCCACUGGCAUCAUAAGGAAAAGAAGCAGAAAGUUUGCAUUAUUGGAGUAAGUGAGUUGCCCAAGGAAAAAAAAUUGGAUGAUUUAAGGUCAUGUAGGGUAGUGAGUAGCGACUGGAGUUUCUCAUGGUUGGGCUAAGUUCAGACUGGGUCUACCCCAAGGACGAGACCAGUUGAUUGGUGUAGCUCCUCAAGGAAAUAUGGCCCUAGUAGAUUUGUGUUGUCGUCUGUAAUUUAGGAGAAAAUCUAUGAAAAUUUUGAAAGGUAUGGCAAAUGAUGCAGGUUUUAUUAAAUCAUCUCCAUUAAUGUGUAACUGAAAAUGAAUUAAAAUACAACCAAAUUAAGUCCUAAAUUCCAGUAACCCCUAUGCUAUUCCUCCACA